AUGAGCUUCGCAAGGAACCUCAACACUGGCCCUCGUCGAGCCAUGGGCAAGAUCAAGCCGCCGCAAGCCAAAACUGUCUCGGUGGAAGAGACAUGGACCAGGCUUUCCAAGGCAAUCGAGAUGAUACAGCUCAAGCGGGCGUCCCAGCUCAGCUUCGAGGAAACUUAUCGGUAUGCGUACAGGAUGGUCAGAGACAGGCAUAGCGAGCAGCUAUACGAAGGCGUCAGUCGUCUCGUCGGAGAGCAUCUCGAUCGAGAAGCAACGACGAGGAUCCUGCCUGCUUUCCCACACGGAAACGCGAGCACGUCCACCAAUGGCGCAGAUGCAGAGCCAUUGGAUGCCAAACCCUUUGACAUGGGCAUUUCACAAAGGGCCUCCGGUACGGAUCGGUUGGCUCAACUGCAAAGAGGCGAGAGAUUCCUUGCAGCCAUCAAAGCGGUUUGGGAUGACCACGUCACUUGCAUGAAGCGUCUCGGUGACAUACUCAAAUACAUGGACAAGGUGUACGUACCCACGAUGCCGCAACGGGCCAAGACUUUCGAUCUCGGUCUCGAAUUGUUCCAGACGCAUAUCAUAGAUUCACCAUUGCCAAUAGCAGAGACGCUCAUCACCGCCAUACUCGCGCAAAUACACUUUGAGCGCGAAGGCGAGGUCAUCAAUAGAUCGGCAGUCCAUUCGUGCACGGAGAUGCUCAACGGUCUCAACACACACGCGAAGAACGGCCGGCUUGCCACUUCCUACAAAGUCUUUCUCGAAGACAUCUUCCUCAACCAGUCUCGUGCUUUCUACAAUGAAGAGUCCACAACACUGUUGGCGACAGCUACAGCAACUGAGUACCUGAUCAGGGUGGAUCUGCGUCUGGCGGAAGAAGUCGAACGUGUGCGAUAUUGCCUGCAUGAACAGACCGAAUCUGCCCUGGUCACCUUGCUCGAGGAUGUCCUCAUCACGCAGCAUUUCACCGCCAUACUCGACCAUGAGACCACCGGACUGGACUCUCUCGUCGAGGGCGACAGGAUGUCAGAGAUAAAACGUCUCUUUCGGCUGUUCUCCCGCGUGCCUCAGGGCGCUGCACGACUAAGAGCAAAAUUGCAAGAGUAUAUCGUCAAGAGAGGCAAAGAGAUCAACAAUUCCAGGGAGGUAAUGGCUGAGCCUGCUCCUGAUCCAGCCAAAGGCAAGGGAAGAGAAGGCAAGCCGGCACAAGUGGGGGGCGCAGCUCAUAGCGUCAGCUUGGCGCUUCAAUGGGUACAACAAGUACUGGAUCUCAAGGAUAAGAUGGAUAGGAUCUGGUCAUCCGCGUUAGCCGAAGACAAGAGCUUCCAGACAGCCAUAAACGAGGCUUUCAAAACGUUUAUAGAGACAAAUAAGCAAUCGCCGGAAUACGUGUCACUCUUUAUCGAUGACAAUCUGAAGAAGGGUCUCAAAGGGAAAUCAGAAGCAGAAGUCGACGUCGUGCUGGACAAGGCUGUCGUCAUUUUCCGCUUUUUGAGUGAUCGCGACAUAUUCGAGCGGUACUAUCAGCAGCACUUUGCAAAGCGGCUACUCGCCCAACGGAGCGUGUCGGAUGAUGCGGAAAGAGGUCUGCUCGCCAAGCUCAAAGUGGAGAGUGGCGCAAUGUUCGUCAGGAAGUUAGAGGGCAUGCUCAACGAUAUGACGAUCUCGGAAGAAACGAACAAACAAUUCCGGAAGCAUCUCACCCGAGCAGGCGUGGAGCCGCUACCGAUCGAUCUCGCUGUGACCGUUUGUCAAUCUGGUCAAUGGCCCAUGGAAGUCUCGUCAUCUCAGUGCAUUCUACCUGCUUCACUGAGAUCUGCUCAACUUUCGUUCGAGCGGUUCUACCAUACCAAGACGUCAGGUAGAAAGCUCACCUGGCACACGACAUCUGGCUCCGUCGAUGUCACUGUACGCUUCAAAGCACGUAAACACGAGCUCAAUGUUUCCACUCAAGCUAUGGCAGUCCUCUCCUGCUUCGAGCCCGUCUCGUCACUCGAGAGUCUGUCAUACAAAGAUCUGGAGGAUCAAACGGGCAUAGCCGAGAACGAGCUGAAGCGGACGUUACAGUCGCUGGCAUGUGCAAAGUACAAGAUCCUUCAGAAAUCGCCAAAAGGCAGAGACGUCAACCCGGCGACAGAUCGGUUUGCGUUCAACGAGGAGUUUACAAGCAAUCUGAUGAAGAUCAAGAUCAUGACGGUGGCCAACAAGGUCGAGACCGUCGAGGAACGCUCAGAGACGGAUUCGAAAGUAGAGGAGGCGCGCAAAUUUCUCGUUCAGGCUGCAAUUGUGAGAGUGAUGAAGCAGAGGAAUCGCCUGCCGCACUCUGAUUUGACGCACGAAGUCAUCAGACAGCUUGCAGGCCGGUUCGCGCCAAAGCUGACGAUGAUCAAGCAAGCCAUCGAUAAGCUCAUCGAGAGUGAGUAUCUCGAACGGGAUCAGGAUGAUCGCAGAGUGCUGCGAUAUCUCGCGCCUCGACGACACUGCAACGUGUCCGCAUACGAUCUCCUCAGAGGGCAUAAGGAAGGACUUCGUGCCUACGCAGGCAGGUGCGCGCGUAUUUGGAGUCCGCCUGGCGAUCGGCAGCCAUCGACCGUCAAUGACGCCUUGCCAGCCCCGUUGGACGCUAUAGAGCUCCACACUGGCCUCACGGUAUCUAAAGCCUACAAACAAGCUUAG